AUGAUGACACUCGAUACUCCUUCUUCCUCUUCCUCUUCCUCUUCCUCUUUGCUUAUAUCGAGGAAAGAUGCCCACAUAGUAAUGGGAUACCUGCACUAUGAACGUAUGAAGCUCGCAAUCAAGUUGGCUAGAUAUGCCUUGGAUCAUAAUGAGACCCCGGUCGCUUGCAUCUUUAUUCACGAGCCAACAAAUAGCGUCAUUGCGUAUGGGUUGAAUGCUACGAAUCAUUCUUUGACUGGGGUAGCUCAUGCAGAAUUCAUGGGGAUAGAACAAAUAAAAAAUUUGGUUGGUCCACAUCAUUUAAUGGAUUUUUUCAAAGAUGUUGUCUUAUAUGUCACAGUGGAACCAUGCAUCAUGUGCGCAUCUGCUUUGAAACAACUGAACAUCAAAAAAGUGGUAUUCGGUUGUGCAAAUGAAAGAUUCGGGGGAAACGGUACUGUGCUUCAUAUUAAUAAAGAUAAAGCGCUUUUGAAUGCUCCCUCUUUGCCAAAGGCAGAAAGUGCAUCCUAUGAAGCAAUCCCAGGUAUACUUAGGAAAGAAGCAAUUAUGUUGCUGAGAUAUUUCUACGUAAGGGAAAAUAAAAGUGCCGUAACUCCGAGAAAUAAAGCUGAAAGAAACCUUGAUAAGGAAACGUUUCCUGACCUUAUAUGGUCCACCUAUAUCGAUAGGGAAACUUUCAUUCAAGAAUUUGGAAGCGCACAGUCAAUUCACUAUGAAAAUAAUUCCGAUUUGAUGUCCUUCAAUGACGAUAUUGAUUGGAGUUUGAUUGAAACCCCGUGGGAUGACAUCGUAGAAGAUCUAAACGAAAAAUGUCAAUCAUUCAAUAUGAUUCAAAGGAAGAAAAGCAAAUUAGAAACAGUUUAG